AUGUCUAAUACUCCAUUGUUUGAUUCCCCUCCCCCCCCCCCUUUUCAGGCUGAUUUCGACAGUGCUGCAGAAGAUGUAAAAAAAUUAAAAACGAGGCCAAGCGAUGAUGAGCUGAAGGAACUAUAUGGACUCUACAAACAAACUACUGUUGGAGACAUUGAUACUGAGUGUCCAGGAAUGCUAGAUCUGAAAGCCAAAGCCAAAUGGGAAGCAUGGAACCUUAAAAAAGGUUUAUCAAAGCAGGACGCCAUGACUGCCUAUAUUUCUAAAGCAAGAGAGAUGAUAGAAAAAUAUGGGAUCUAA